GUACCCUGCCCAUUUACCACUGACCGCUGACGGGAAAUGUAGUCGUGUUCGAGGAAAUGAUGAAAUUUUAAUGACAAGCACCGAAUCCAGCAGGGACGGACACUGGAUUUACAUAAAAUAACAUUUCUGAAGGCUUACUUAAAUCCAUAGACAUUAAAAGAUAAAUCAGCUCGGACGAGACUUCUGCCUGAUAGAUAGGCCUAUCACUAUUAACUUUUAACUAGUCUCAGUAGUUGAGUUUAUAGAUCGUAGGUGAGAUGGCUGGCAUACUCGAUUAAAUCUGAAUAUGAAAUAGACUUAUUUGAAAUAGGUCUGUAUAAUCUGAAGACUGCAGAAGGGGAAAAAAGUCAAAAGCACAAUGAUCCUUAAUCACCAAACUAAAUUGUUGCUUUAUAACCAGCUUAUCACACAUUGCAUAUCAAUGUUGCUUUAAAAAUUAGACAUUUCUGUUUUUUAGGCUACCACACAUCACCACACUACACCUAAACCCCUUUGCACAUCACUAGGCCUAUCACAAAAUACAUUCAGUGAGUUUAGUAUAGGCUACACUGGUACUCACUGAUAUCCAGAUGUGCCCAUCAGCAAAUUUUCUUUUACAUAGGCUAGGGCUCUAUAAAUUACAAUGGAAUAAUUGCAUGAAAAAUUGUGUCGCCUAAUAUUCUAAUGUUGACCCAAGAGAAAGACAUCAAGUGUCUUAUAAACGUAUAAACUUCUUAUACAUUUGAAAUAUAUAUUUAUUAUUAUAGUGUUUAUACAGAGUGUGAAAGGGUUACCGAGAGGCCUCAAAGGGAUGGUUGUAAACAACCCUUUAAAUACAUGAUGCCACUUAGUUUUAUGAUUAAUGUCUGGUGCCAUGCAUUCUCUGAAUACAUGGCAAGAUAUAGUUUCAGUUGCAUUUACAACUUCAGCAUGUUAGCACCUUCUCUAUGGGAUUGGUCAUCUUUCAAAUAAUUCAUUGAAGGCGUAUUAUAAUAGUGUCCUGGUCCUAUUUGGCAUAUUCAACAGACUUCUAUGUUGACAGUUUCCUUUAUUUUGGCAAAUGCCCCUUUUGUAUAUAGUCAUUAUGUUCUAUCUAAUUUUAACAUGGAAAUAAUAUUUUGAUAUUCUGCAAACCCCUGUGCAGAUGGUACAGAACUCAGUGGUAAUCCAUCACAUGUGAUUAUUACAGAUACUAUUUCUAAAAGGUGCUGAUGACUAACUGUCCUGCUGUGACCUUCCCACUGCUACCACUGUCUCCUGGCAAUGAACUGUGGGUGCAGUUUACUACCUCUCUGCUAAUCUUAGCUUUUACUACUGGCACACAGAGAUGGAUCUCAGCCUUAUAAGCCCUUCUGAGAUUCAAAAUAAAUAAACUAAUUUCCAUUCUGCCACAAGCAAGCAUCCAUUACUUUUACCUGUACAGAGAUGCACAGCUGAUUCAUUAAGGCUACAUGAAAGAGGUCAGUUAUUGUCAUUCUAUGCUUUUAUCGGUAGAUGGCAGGAGUGGCUGUUGAGAUUUUAGAGAAAGCAGUGGGCAGGAUUUUAGAGAAAGCAGUGGGCAGAAGAUGGACUCUUCUAGACAGGGGUAAUAACCAUGGUGACUUAGGCUACAUUCUUUGAAUAAAUAAACAAAUGCACCAAUGAAUAAUAUUACUGUCCAGUUACUUCACUGUUUUUUUUUUUUUAAUCUUCUAAAAUUAGACAGUUUGAUUGUCCCAAACCAUGGAAAACUUGAAGACGGCUAACUAGUGGACUGUAUGGCAAGGAAAAAUCACUAAGAAAAUGAGAGGUGGGUGUGAGGUGGCGGGUGAGGGGUAAUGUGACUGUUUUCAUUUUCCGAAGAGCUCUCUCCCCCCUCAUGAAUGCCCUGAGACAGGUGUAUUGACACAGAGGGAGUUGAAAGCUCUCAGCGGUAAUUGGAAUGGGUUACGGACUGAAUCUCUCUCUCUCUCUCUCUCUCUCUCUCUCUCUCUCUCUCUCUCUCUCUCUCUCUCUCUCUCUCUCAAUGAUUGGAGGGGUAGGAAUGAUGUUUGAGUGUGAACGUAGAGAGUACCCAUGACAGACAAAUUACUCCGCUGUUUAAGCACAGAAUAUAAAUGAGUUUUCAUCUUCAGAAGAACAAAUGUCAUAAGGUACUUGUCAGAUUUGCAUGUCUUCACUUCUCUGCUGUGCGACUCAAGUCUCUGGGCAACACUUAAACACCACCUGACUGACUGAUCUGAAAAGCAAUUUAUCUCGCUACUCUGAAAUAGCAGACAGCUAACAGAAGCAGUGCAGUAGGUCAGAGAGCCUCAUGAGACACUUUAAACAUGUUGGUCAAACAGAAUAUGAACAGGUUCCUGUACAGUCAUCCAUGCACGCUGAGAUGUCUUUCUGUGUAGGGCCACAGAGGAAUGAGAGCAAGAGCUAAGUGACCACCACAGAUAAUUGCUCUGAUUAGGAUUUUAUCACUGAAUAAAGUGAUUUUUGUGACAUGGACAAACAGCCUCACAAGUUGAACUUUUUGUUCAGAACACAAAAGCUUGUGUGUAUCUCCAGGGGAAGCAGGGUUUUUUUUUUCUCCUAUGGUAAUUUUAGCAUGCAGGGGUCACAUCAAUGGCCUUAUCAUUCCAGCCAGGCCACAGUGGUUUGAUGGGAUCUGUAGAGUCUUCUAAAGAAGACCAUUUCUCGUGCCAAAUGAAGUGAACCUCUUUCAUCAGGAUCAAUAUAUCCCUGAGAUUCAGCCCGGGCAGGGCCAUAAAUCCUGCAUGCUGGGAUAGGGAAACCAGAGUAAGAGAGAGAGAGAACGCGCGUGUGUGUGUGUGUGUGUGUGUGUGUGUGUGUGUGUGUGUGUGUGUGUGUGUGUGUGUGUGUGUGUGUGUGGUUUCUCCGCCGUUGUGGGGGAGGGAUGGAGGGGGUGCAUUGAAGAUGCGAGUGAAGCUCCUCUUAGUGUAAUGGACGACGGUUCAAAAGUUGAAUGUGCCGGGCAGCUGCUCACAUCUUUAUGACCUCUUGAGUCAUUGUGAGCGGGCGAGGGCCGAUCACAUCGAUGGCCAUUAAACCAGAGCCUGGUGGACGGGAGGGAGGAGUGGAGGGCUCAUCACGUGUGUGUGUGCAGCUCCGUGUCCGUGUGUGUGUGUCUGUGUGUGUGUUGUUGGGGGGGGGGGGGGGGGGGGUAUGCAUUAGGGAAAUUGCCCCUGCCUGAGAGGCUGCACUGUACUGAAGUAAUUAUGGCUGGUGGCGGGAUGCUGAGGCCAGGCUUUGCCUCUCUGGUCCAGACUCUUCUGCCGCAGAGCUCGCCGCCAGUCCGCACCCCCCAUCCCUCCACCCGCUCGGCUCCGCACAUACACACACCCCACCCUCAACAUCCACCCUCCCUCCACACACACACACACACACACACACACACCCUCAGCCCCACCCUCCCUAUCUCCCUGAGCACAGUGGUGCCAAGGGAAUGGGACAGUAUGUUUAUUGAUGAGAUGAAUGGGGAGGGAGAUAUCGGGAGAGGCAGACGAAUGCGCACAGCAGUCCGACUCCAGCCAUGGCAGCGCUGUGGAGCCCGCGGCGCUCGGGUGCCCUCAGGUUGGCCAGCGGCAGCGUCCCCCAGCCCACGACGCGGCCGUCUGCCCGUCUCCACUGAGCACGCCGGGUAAUGAUGAUGGACACUCACCGAGGACAGUUGUGGUGGCGCGGCUAGGAGACUCUAGGCGAGACACAGAGACGGACACCUGCAGCAUGGGACUCACCUGCUUCAAGUCCUGGAAGUAUGACAGCACCACACAGAAAGGUGGAAAUAGGGAUGUGCUGGUCAGUCCUGGCUCCUACUUCUUCUUGUCGAACAGCUGUGGUCAGGGGGAAGAGUGGCUGAAGAGCCUCAACAAGGGUGUGUGGAUACCUUUCACAGGUGUGUUUGGCCAGCGUUUGGAGGAGACGGUGCUGUACGAGCGGCGGUAUGGGCUCCGCAUGGCCCCUCUGGUGGUGGAGCAGUGUGUGGACUUCAUCCGCGAGCGCGGCCUCACAGAGGUGGGUCUGUUCCGGCAGCCAGGCCAGGCCACGCUGGUCAAGGAGCUGCAGGAGGCCUUCGACGCCGGGGAGAAACCCUCCUUCGACAGCAGUACUGAUGUCCACACAGUGGCAUCUCUGUUGAAGCUGUACCUGAGGGAACUUCCUGAACCUUUAGUGCCAUUCUCACGCUACCCAGACUUCCUCAUCUGUGGCAAGAGAAUUUCUGCAGACAAGAAGCAGGGAUUGCUUGAGCUGAGGAGUCUGCUUCAUGACCUUCCUGUGGCUAAUUUUAACCUGCUGAACUACAUUUGCCAGUUUUUGAGUGAAGUUCAGACUUACUCCAGCAGCAACAAAAUGAGCAUUGAGAAUCUGGCAACUGUUUUUGGGCCCAACAUUUUACGGCCUAAAGCAGAGGACCCUGAGAGCAUCAUUGGAGGGGCAGCUGUGAUCCAGCACCUGAUGUCUGAGCUCAUACGGGAGCAAAGCCUGCUCUUCUCCAAAGACAGGGACACCGAUGAGCCAAGGAUCUCCAGACCGGCUCCCCUGUCCCACCGUCACAGCUACCAGGCCGAGUGGAUGUGCACCGAGCUGGAGCCCCAGGAGAGUGACUCCCAUCUGGGGGUGUCCGCCGACUGCCUGUCCUCCCCCCAUCCCCAGGCCUCCACGCCGUGCUCACGCCAGCUGUCGCUCCCGCUGACCCCCGAGAGACGGGUGUCGGCGCACAGUCCCAGGGAGAGACGGAAGUCCCCGUUUGUGACCGAGACUGGUGCAUGUCAGCUGUCCGUUGCCUCGGCCACGGGGCCCAGUCUGACCGACCCACAGAGCUACGGCCCUGCCCCUUCAAAGGGUCAUUCCCCUCAGGAAACGGGACUCGUCGCUUCCCCCGCUGGUCCACCCUCUCCUGCCUCUUCUCAGACAGUGCUGCUGGAGGUUCCGCAGCAGCAGGCCACAGACUGGUCCGGCGCGGAGGAGGAGCCAAGCUGGACGGCAGAGAAGGACCAGGCAGGGAACAGUGGCAGCAGCGACGCGCAGGAGGACAGCACCCUGUCCGUCUACGACAACAUGGACACUAUGAUGACGUUCCACGUGGGCGGUGGCAGCGGCGGCGGUGGUGACGACACGGCAGACCCGGGCAGUGCCAUCGGCACGGCCGAGGCCGAGGGGGGCACCAGCGAGGCGGGCAGUGCCAGCUCGUGGUCGUCCUGCGAGGUCCUGCUCCAGGACUCCUUGGUGCGGAGUGGAAGCGCAGGUCCCACCAGCCCGUGCCAAGCCUCGGUCAGCUUCCCCUCGUUGUUUCGAGAGGGCCGCGAGGACGGCGACGUCCACCCCAACUCGCUUGCCUCGUCCUCUGCCCCCACUGACGCCCCGCUGAGCACGGGCAGCAGCGAGGUCUUCCUGCCCUCAGCACCGCUGGACCCCCACAUGCCGCCCACUGCCUCCCACGCCAUGCACUGCCUCCUAGCUGGACUGAGACAGCAGAUGGCCAGGCAGAAAGCCGAGUAUGAAGCCAGGAUCCAGAGGUUAGAACGUAAGAACGAGGUACUACAGACUGAGGUCGAGGGCCUCCGGUCAAGCCUUGAGCAGCAGCGGCGGUGGUUCAGCGUGGCGGAAAUCAAGAUGCGCAACGUGGAGCGCGCCCGCGCCGAUGCUGACCGACGCAACGCCGCCCUCCAAAAGGAGAUGGAACAGUUUUUUGACACUUUUGGAGAUCUCACCACUGAGGCAAAGAAAACAGAGCGCAUCAUACAGAGCUUCUAAUCUUUGGCCAUCAAACUGCCUUUACCGACUCAAUCGAUAACUCAAAACACAGGCCAAGGUGUUAGUUGUCAAGGGCUGCCUUUUAAAAUCCUGAAACCAGCCAAGUUACAACUCACUUUAUGAUGGCCUACCAUCACACGGAUACUGUAAAAGCCAACCUGCCUCUCAUUCUUGGGUGGUACCACCCAAGUUAAAUGGAAUAUACUCUCCCCACAAGAUGAGGGGAUCAGCAUGAUUUGUAGAAGGGUGUGAUGAACUACGUCCUGUGAAGCUGUUGCUGAUAUAGGAUGAUAGAAGCAUGGAUAGGAUUACUGGUUAUUGGACUGCUUUAUGCUACAGGUAGCUUACAGAUAUGAGGGAACCUAGACCUGCUUGAAAUCACAUGUAGCCUACACUAAGUGGAAUGACUCGCCUCUGGUUGGCAUCAUACUUCAUCACGUUUUGGCUGUUGAAGCUGAACUUUUACAACAGAGUGUUCCAUACACAUAUAGAUGUAAAUACGUUAUAAUGCACUCAUUUAAGAGUGUUCCAUACACAUAUAUAGAUGUAAAUACGUUAUAAUGCACUCAUUUAACUGUCACUCAUUUAGUACACUAAUAAAACACACCAAAAAGUGUCCAACA